AUGAACGAGAAUGCUCCUAAUUCGAUGAUGAAUGGGCGUCUACACGAAGCGGUGCGAAAAGGAAACCUGUCGCUCGUUCGAGCAUUGUUGAAUGAAGGCGCCGAUGCAAAUAAUAAAGCCAAGGAUCGAUAUCGAACCACACCAUUACAUCAAGCAUGCUACUUCGGCCAUUUAGAGGUAGUCAAGUUGCUACUCGAAAAGGGUGCUGACAUUCAUUACAAGUGUCAAGAUGGAAAUACACCAUUACAUGUGGCUUGCUGUAUUGGUCAUUUAGAGGUAGUCAACUUGCUACUCGAGAAGGGUGCUGAUAUUCAUUACAAGAGUCAAUAUGGAGACACACCAUUACAUCAAGCUUGCUACUUCGGUCGUCUGGAGGUAGUCAAGUUGCUACUCGAAAAGGGUGCUGAUAUUCAUUACAAGAUUCAAUAUGGAGACACACCAUUGCAUCAAGCAUGCUACUUCGGUCAUUUAGAGGUAGUCAAGUUGCUACUCAAAAAGGGCGCUAGCAUUAAUGCCAAGGAUCACUGUGGAAAAACACCAUUGUACAAGGCAUGCGAUGAAGGUCGUUUCGAGGUAGUCAAGUUGCUACUCGAGAAGGGUGCUGACAUUAAUGCCAAGAAUGAAUAUGGAGACACACCAUUGUACAAGGCAUGCAAUAAAGGUCAUUUUGAGAUAGUCAAGUUGCUACUCGCGAAAGGUGCUGACAUUGAUGCCAAGGAUCACCGUGGAAAAACACCAUUGUACAAGACAUGCGAUGAAGGUCAUUUGGAGACAGUCAAGUUGCUACUCGAGAAGGGUGCUGACAUUGAUGCCAAGGGUCAAUAUGGAGACACACCAUUGUACAAGGCAUGGGAUAAAGGUCAUUUCGAGAUAGUCAAGUUGUUACUCGAAAAGGGUGCUGACAUUAAUGCCAAGAAUGAAUACGGAGACACACCAUUGUACAAAGCAUGCGAUAAAGGUCAUUUAGAGAUAGUGAAGUUGCUACUCGAGAAGGGUGCUGACAUUGAUGACAAGGGUCAAUAUGGAGACACACCAUUGUACAAUGCAUGCGAUGAAGGUCAUUUUGAGAUAGUGAAGUUGCUACUUGAAAAGGGUGCUGACAUUCAUGCCAAGAACUUUGAUGGAAAUACACCAUUACACAACGCAUGCUGGAGGGUAUGCACGCCAUUGUACAAUGCAUGCUGGAAGAAGGGUCAUUUCGAGAUAGUCCAGUUGCUACUCGAGAAAGGCGCUGACAUUAAUGCCAAGGAUCACCGUGGAAAAACACCAUUGUAUAUGGCAUGCGAUAAAGGUCAUUUAGAGCUAGUCGAGUUGCUACUCGAGAAGGGUGCUGACAUUGAUGCCAAGGGUCAAUAUGGAGACACACCAUUAUACAAGGCAUGCGAUGACGGUCGUUUCGAGAUAGUCAAGAUGCUACUUGAAAAGAGUGCUGACAUUAAUGCCAAGAAUGAAUACGGAGACACACCAUUGUACAAAGCAUGCGAUAAAGAUCAUUUAGAGAUAGUCAAGUUGCUACUCGAGAAGGGUGCUGCCAUUGAUGCGAAGAGCCAAUAUGGAGACACACCAUUGUAUAAAGCAUGCGAUAAAGGUCAUUUAGAGAUAGUGAAGUUGCUACUCGAAAAGGGUGCUGACAUUGAUGCCAAGAAUGAAUAUGGAGACACAAAAUUACAUCAAGCAUGCUACUUUGGUCAUUUAGAGGUAAUCAAGUUGCUACUCGAGAAGGAUGCUGACAUUAAUGCCAAGGGUCAACAUGGAGACACACCAUUGUACAAGGCAUGCAGUAAAGGUCGUUUCGAGGUUGUCAAGUUGCUACUUGAAAAGGGUGCUGACAUUCAUGCCAACUUUGAUGGAAAUACAGCAUUACACUCUGCAUGCUGGAGGGGACGCACGCCAUUGCACAAUGAAUGCUGGAAGAAGGGUCAUCUAGAGAUAGUCGAGUUGCUACUCGAAAAUGGUGCUGACAUUAAUGCCAAAGAUCACUGUGGAAAAACACCAUUGUACAAGGCAUGCGAUAAAGGUCAUUUAGAGAUAGUAAAGUUGCUACUCGACAAGGGUGCUGACAUUGAUGCAAAGGGUCAAUUUGGAGACACACCAUUGCACAAGGCAUGGGAUAAAGGUCAUUUCAAGAUAGUCAAGUUGCUACUCGAGAAGGGUGCUGACAUUAAUGCCAAGAAUGAAUAUGGAGACACUCCAUUGUACAAGGCAUGCGAUAAAGGUCAUUUGGAGAUAGUCAAGUUGCUACUUGAGAAGGGUGCUGACAUUAAUGCCAAGAAUGAAUAUGGAGACACUCCAUUGUACAAGGCAUGCGAUGAAGGUCAUUUCGAGAUAGUCAAGUUGCUACUCGAGAAGGGUGCUGACAUUAAUGCCAAGAAUGAAAAUGGAGACACUCCAUUGUACAAGGCAUGCAAUAAAGGUCAUCUAGAGAUAGUCGAGUUGCUACUCGAGAAGGGUGCUGACGUGAAUGCCACAGACGCUGAAGGAAAGACCUCAUUGCAUGUGGCAUGCCGUGAGGGUCAUUUGAAGGUAGUCAAGUUUCUAGUGAAAAAGGGUGCUGAUGUCAAUUCAAAAGAAAAAGGUGGAGAGACACCAAUGCAUUGGGCAUGUGGGAAGGGUCAUUUGAAGGUAGUCAACUUUCUAGUUGAAAAGGGUGCUGAUGUCAAUUCUAAGAAAAAUGGUGGAGAGACACCGAUUCAUUGGGCAUGUGGGAAGGGUCAUUUGAAGGUAGUCAAGUUUCUAGUCGAUAUGGGUGCUGAUGCUCAUGCCAAAGCCACGAUUGGAAUGACGCCAUUUGAAAUGAUAUGUUGCAAUGAUGAUUUGGACCUGGUCAUGUUGCUAGUCCAAAGGUCAUGUUGUGAUGGCCAUUUGGAGGUGAUCAAGAAGCUGCUUGAACGUCAAUCCUUCAGGGGAAAGGAAGAUGACAGAAUUCCCAUGGAAGUGGAAAGGCUCACCAUUGAUCCUUCGGUCCAAGACUUGUCAGGUGAAUGUUGCAAAAAGCUUCUGAAGCUGACGCACGUCACUUUUAUUGAAUCUUCAGAAGCUGAAGGAGGGGGUCUGAAAACCAUUGGAAGAGAUGCCUUUCGAUCUUGUCCUGCCUUGGAAACGAUUACACUACCUUGCACUGUGCAAGUCAUUCAAGGGUACGCCUUUGGAUUUUGCUCGGCACUAAUGGAGGUUCACUUUCCUGAAGGAUUAAAAAGGAUUGAAAGACGAGCAUUCUUCACUUGUUCCGCCUUGCAGACAGAUAAGAUCCCCUCCUCCUUGGAAAUGAUUAAGUCCUACACAUUUCAUUCAUGUAGCGCCUUGACGGAAGUGGACAUGUCGACCGCGUUGCUGACUAGGAUCAGCUCUUAUGCCUUUCAUUCCUGUUCGCCAUUGGAAAGCAUCAAGUUUCCCAACACAGUUGAGAUGGAGGCAUGA